CUCAACGCGGUCCGGGCUGCCGCCGGUGUUUGUCUUUUUCUUCACAGGUUGCUCGUGGGGGAGAACGCUGGCCGCUGAAAUUUCUCCGCUUCCCUGGGUCGCUGAGCCACCGAAGGGCUCCCGCCGCUGCUCGAGGGUGAGGGCGAGCCGCCUCUGCACCUCCCGCCAGAGGCGCGUCGGUCCUCCUCUUGUCCUCCGUUUCCGGCGCGCGGCUCCGCAUCAGUCUCGCGGGGCUCUGAGCCGCCAGGAUCGCGAGUCUCGUCUCGGUGAGGCAGUCCCGGAGUCCCCGGCGGUUCCCGCAGUACUCGAACAUAUACACUGAAGAUUGGGACAAGAUAUUUGCCUAAUUUCUGUGGCAAAAUUAAAGACCUACCAUGACAAUGAAGAAAGAGACUGAAUUUGUCAUUUUCACCUAAAGAAAGAUGAUAGACAGAAAUCAAACCUGCGGUAUAGGACAGGAUUCUGUGCCCUAUAUGACUUGUCUGAUUCACAUCCUCGAAGGAUGGUUUGGUGUGGAGCAGUUGGAGGACUAUUUGAAUUUUGCAAACUAUCUCUUGUGGGUUUUUACACCACUAAUACUUUUAAUACUUCCUUACUUUACUAUCUUUCUUCUCUAUCUUACUAUUAUUUUCUUACACAUUUAUAAGAGGAAGAAUGUAUUAAAAGAAGCCUACUCUCAUAAUUUAUGGGACGGUGCAAGGAAGACGGUGGCGACUCUCUGGGACGGACACGCAGCAGUUUGGCACGGUUAUGAAGUUCACGGGAUGGAAAAAAUACCAGAAGAAGGACCAGCACUUAUAAUUUUUUAUCAUGGAGCUAUUCCCAUAGAUUUUUACUACUUCAUGGCUAAAAUUUUUAUCCAUAAAGGCAGGACUUGCCGAGUAGUAGCUGAUCACUUUGUCUUUAAAAUCCCAGGGUUUAGUUUAUUACUUGAUGUAUUUUGUGCUCUACAUGGACCAAGAGAAAAAUGUGUUGAAAUUCUGAGGAGUGGUCACUUGUUAGCUAUUUCACCAGGUGGAGUUCGAGAAGCCCUAAUUAGUGAUGAAACCUACAACAUCAUUUGGGGUAAUCGUAAAGGCUUCGCUCAGGUUGCAAUUGAUGCAAAAGUGCCCAUUAUUCCUAUGUUUACACAAAAUAUUCGAGAAGGAUUUAGAUCACUUGGAGGAACAAGGUUAUUUAGAUGGCUUUAUGAAAAAUUCCGCUAUCCAUUUGCUCCGAUGUAUGGGGGUUUUCCUGUGAAAUUACGCACCUAUUUAGGUGAGCCUAUUCCUUAUGAUCCAAAGAUAACAGCAGAAGAAUUAGCUGAAAAGGUUAGAGACAGAAGACUGAGGACAGACGGGAGGACAGGGAAGAACACACGAGGGGCAUGCGGAGGACGUCAGCCAAAGCUGUGGAGACGUGGAGAGAAGUCAAUUUGUGUGAGAGAAGCCAGCCGGCGAGGAUGUUUACAUAAUAGGAAUGACCGGUAAUAUUCAUUCCUGCAAAGAGAUCAGGGAAGAUGAGGAUGAGAAAAGCCCAGUCAGCUUGCAGUUACAUCUUCAGAAAGUAAAAAACUACGUGAAAGCCAUGAGUUGAAUGGCUUCUAUUGAAUCACCUGGAAAAUGGUGUGAGUGUGUUUUGAUUAUGACUUUUAUACCAGCCGUAGGUACGUGUAGUGUGAUUUCUUUCAAGUUUUUUAAAUUGUAGUCAAAACCACAACGUUUAUUAGCCGUUUUUAAGUGUAUGCUUUAGUAGUGCCAAAUAUAUUCACGUGUGUGGCCAAUCUCCAGUCUCUAUACCCCCUGAAAACCUGCUGCCCAUUCUUUCUUUUUUCUUUUUCAUACAUACCCGUCAGCUUUUUCUUCUGGUUCCUUCACGGGCCACGCGAGAUUCUUGUUUUUCCCCCAGCUUUGUCGAGAUACAAGCAACCGAUCACAUUGUAAAAGUUUAACGUGCAACGUGAAGAUGCGAUACGUGUGUAUAUUGUGAAAUGAUGGCCACGGUAAGGUUAGGUGCUUCCAUCACCUAAUUGCCACUUUGUGUGCCCGUGGUGACAGUAUUUAAGGCCUUUUCAUUAGCAACUUUCUGAUAUAUAAUACGGUAUUCGUAACUGUAGUCACUGUGCUGUACCUUAGAUCCUCAGAACUUGCUCAUCGCGUAACCGGAAGCUUGUACCCUUGACCAACAUCUCCCUCUUCCUCCACACCCUGGUAACGCCCCUAUUCUGCUCUGCGUUUCCAUGAAUUCACCUCUUUUAGAUUCCACAUAUGCGUAGAAAUCAUACACCACUCAUCGCUUCUUCCUCCCCACAGCCCCUGGUGACCACCAUUCUGCCUUCUAUGACUAUGAGUUUGACCGUGGUAGAAAAGGGGAAUCAUACAACGUUUGUCUUCUUGUGACUGGCUUGUUUCACUUAGCAUAAGGUCUUCAAGGUUCAUCCAUACUACAGCACGUGACAGAAUUUCCUUCUGGUUUUUAAAGCUGAAUAACACUCCGUUGUGUGUACCACAUGUCGUAUAUUCAUUCGUUCACCGAUGCACGUUAGGGUUGCUUCCAUUUCCUCUGCUGUUGGGAACAGUGCUGUGGUGGAUAUGGGUGUACAAAUAUGUCUUCAAGACCCUGCUUUGAAUUCUCUUGGAUAUAUACUCAGAAGUCAGAUUGCCGGAUCACAGGUGGAAAGAAAAGACUCGCUUUUCCCUCCCGGAGGGAAAAACCUAGUUCUUCCAUACUGUGUCUUUCUUUCACUUGCACAUCUCCUUUACUUUUACACAGAACAUGACUUGCGACACUCCUGGUCACCUAAUGUGUGGAGGGAGGCUUUGCCCCCACCAAGCAAUUUUCUGACACCAGUUAGACAUCCUGUCGCUUAACUCAUUUCGGACACUGUCUACCUGGAAAUAGUAUAGAUCCCACCGGUUAAGGAAUCAGUCCCACAAGACUGCUCCCACCCCACUCCAGAUGUGAAUCACGAGUAGUGGGUCCCCAGGUAACCUGCAACUUCUGUUCAAUUUGGCUACGAAUUGGAGGUUCCCAGGACCCCUCCCAGGUUCAAUGAUUUUGAUGUAUUGGCUCACAGAACCCAGGAAUACACUUACUUACUUUACCAGUUUAUUAAAGGAUGUGAUAAAGGAUACAGACGACCAGCCAGAUAAAGAGAUACGUAGGGCAAGGAAUGGGAGGGCCUCAACUGCAGGGCCCCUGUGGAGUUAGGGCGUGCCACCCUUCCUGGUGUGGAUGUGUUCACCCGCCUGGAAUGGAAGCUCCCUGAACUCUGUACUGUUGGCAUUCUAUGGAGGCUUCCUCACAUAGGCGCGAUCGAUUGUUAACUCCGUUUCCAGCUCCUCUCCCCUCUCUGGGGCAUGAUGGAGUAGAGCUGAAAAUUCCAAGUUUCUAAUCAUAGUUUGGUCUUUCUGGUGACCUGCCCUUAUUCAGAAGGCAUCCAGGAAUCCAGGAGAACAAAAGACACUUUUAUCACCCAGGAAAUUAUAAGGAUUUCAGGAGCACUGUGUCCUGACUGGAGUCAGAGACCAA